AACGCAUCAAAAUUCCCAAAUCGACUAACAGAAAAAAAGGGUACAUAAUCAGGCAGUUUUUGAGCCAUUUAUUUCACUGUUCAUUUGGAUUGCGUGUUGUUUCACGCAGACUUAACCCGAUUCCUCCCUGUAUAUAUAUAUGGCUGUAUCCUCACUGUCAAAAUGCACCAUAUUUGCUAAUCAAUUACUUACCAAAUUAAUAAAUGUAGAUUACUUUGAACAUCUAGUAAUUCUUGCUAAUACAUUUUGUUAAGCCAAAUUUUCAACUUAGGAAAAAUCCACAAGAGAAGCGCAAGCGUUUUUGUGACAAUGAGGUCCGAUCUGCUGAUCAUGAUAACGUUGUUAGGCUUGAUGAAAUGCGUGGCUAGUAGACUUGUCAAGGUGGGCGACAAGCAUGGCUGGGACCAGAACGUUAACUAUACCGAUUGGGCUGCUCAUUACCAUCUUUACGUUGGCGAUUGGCUUAAUUUUGUCUUCGACAAGCACUAUUACAGUGUGCUGGAGGUGAAUCAGACGAACUAUGAGCAGUGUAUUGAUAGCGAUUUCAUAACAAACAUUACAAGGGGUGGGCGAGAUGUUUUUCAGCUAACUCAGGCUAGGCCUUAUUACUUUAUCAGCAGUGGAGGUUACUGCUUCCAUGGAAUGAAAUUAGCUAUAAAUGUUGAAGAACCUUUGCCAGCUUCUCCUGCACCUUCUUCAUCAGACAAAAGUAAUGCUUCUCCACCCCAAAUUGGCAAACAUUUGGUUGCACCUGUUCUCGCGAUUAGCACUCUUGUGUGGAUGUUAUUGUUUGCUCAAGCUAGGUUGUCAUGAAUCCACUGAGUUCUUUGCAGACUGAAGCAGACUAGGAUUUAACACAGACACACAUACAUAUCUAGGUUUAUCUUAAUUUCGAGUUUGAGAAAUUGUUACUAUUUCAAAGUUUAUCAGGCAAGCAGCUUUGUUCAUGUGAUUUGAUUAUGAAUUAACUGCUUUGGAGAUUC